UGCGGAUCCACAAAUACCGAUCUUUCUAUCCGUGCUCUGGGGGGUUGCUUCCGAAAACAACGGUCACGACCACGUUGGUUUCGACUGCCUAAAAAAAUUAAUUUCUUUUCCGCCCUGAGGGGGAACCGGCCGCCGAAAAAAACAAAAAAUAGAACAAACAAAAAACACAAACCGCUUCAGAAGCAACUUCAGCAAAGAUCCAUCAUGUCCAUUGCACCAUCAAGACAAGCAGUUAUUGCUGCCUACAGAAACCUUUUAAAAACACAGAAAGAAGUGUUCGGAGCGGACGCAAAAGCAAUCAUAGCUGCGAGAAAGGAGACCCAUGCAAGAUUCAUGCAGUUUAAAGAUGAGACAAAUACAGAUAUAUUGGAGGAGAAAUUAACACUGGCAGAUCAAGUGGCGACAUUGCUGCGACGGAACGUAGUGCAGGCUGUACCAAAGGAAGGAGAAGAUAGUUUAUAUCACUUGCGCAUCACAAAGGACACCGAACUGGGAGAUAACGACUCGAUCAAGAAAGCGAAAAACAUCUUCCGCAAAAAAAAGAACUCCAAAAACAAUGAGGAAAAGACGCAUAGCUGCUGCUCUGGCCAUUGAUCUUUGUAAACUAUCAUAGUGCUCAGAUUAGAAAUGUUUGUUUCGCACGAGCUUUACGUUAUUAAAAAGGAAAGCACCGGUUUUGUGAUACCGAGCUGCUGAAGGUGUGGAAUAUUUUUUCUCUAAGCUAACCUUGUCUUGUCCUACAUUAUUCGCUGCCUUCCCUUUUUCCUCUUGCUUUUUUCCAACUUGGACUCUGUUUACUGCGUAUACUUUUGGCAAGUGCUGAAUAAAUCCUUUUUUUCCCUUUUACAACUUCUUGGACCUAUUAUUCCCCCCCCCCCCCCC